GAUAACAGACAAGUUCUCAUAGAACUUGCUCAGUUGUAUCAACUACUCUAGACCUUCACUGUAGACUUGCCUAAUUGCGUCAACUUUGCCCAAAACAAAGCCAUUUGCUUGUGCGUAAUCUUCUCAAACCUUCACUGGACUUGCCUCAGCAAGGUCAUUUGCUUGUGUGUUAUCUUCUAAAACAUUCACUGGACUUGCCGCCUUGUAUCAACUCUGUUCAAAGCAAGGCCAUUUGCUUGUGUUUAAACCUUCUAAGGAUUCACUGACAGUAUUUGCCUUGCCUCGUUGGAUCUCCAAUCUAUUGACAUGUUCAGAUCGUAGGCGUAGAUCUCGCGCUAUUCAGCUUGCCCAAUGAGCCUUUGGUGUCGGCUGAUUGACACUUGAGAGGGCAUUGAAGCGAGGCUAUUAAUUGGGGUGGUUGUAAAGAUGGCAUGUUUGGGAUUCGUUUGUUUGGUUUGUGGGCAGGUGCGGAGCUUGAUAAAGUCGUAACAAAUGAGGAAUCAAGGCCGUGCUUGACUCGGUGGAGUUUAUAAUACUGAACUUCAAUCACCUUAAAGUGAAACCACUCCGUCGGCUCUCGUCCAAAGAAGAGCUCCAUUGAAUAACAAAAUAAAUGUACUUGAAGAGAAAAAGCAUCUAAGAAAAUUUGAAUUGCAGCAAAUCUACAAAGUCAUUCUCCUAUCAGUCCUAUUGUGUUUCCUUUUGCAACGUUUGGAAGAAUUUUAAUUGCAAGCAAAGUAUCAACUCAUCCAAAAAUCUGUUGUGCCGUGAAGGUUGAUUCCAGAGCUUACUAGCUUUUCUUCAUCCAAGACGAUAUCCUGGAGUAGAGCAUAAAAGGAAGUCGUUGUAAAUCUGGAGCCAGUUAGUUUUUACUGGCGAACAGUGCGUUUUGUUUCAACCUUGGCCUGAGAAAAACAAAUCAAGUAACCUUUACUGAAAGGACCAAUUUUGGAAGUGAAAAAAAAAAAUCGAUUGAUAACGUAGCUGCUUGCAUCUACCGAGACAAUAGAUUAAUGAAUGUGCAGAGCUUUUGGAAAUUCUACUGAAAGUCCAAAGAUUAACUCCCCAUUUCACUCGAGCCAUCAACAAACAUCACUUUCUAAUUUGUUAAAGAACUCAAUCCGAAGAAAGGCAAAGGUCGACUUGACGAAAGAAAGUCAGCGAAGUGGAGCUUCUUUUGUAGCUUCUGUCUUCUUUUUUAAACGUAGUAAAAGAUAGUUGUGAAGUUUAAAAAUUUGAUUGAUAUUAUUUACUGGUGAACAGUGAAAACAUUAUUCCAACAGCUGCCACGCUCUUGGCUUCCAAAGAUCAAAUCUUGAAAGAGGAAUAAUAAGCGAAGAUAAUACGGAAGUUUAAAGAUUUUAAAGCUUAUGCUGUGAUAUAUGCUGGUAAGAAGUGAGUGUUGUUUCCGGAGAUCCGUUUAGACUUGAAUGAUCAAGUACUUGAUUGAACAAAACGUUGUCGAGUUGUCGGCUUUGUCGUUGGUGGUGGAGUUAAAGUACUUGUAGAGUAGGGUAUUUCUAUUAUACCUAUAAGUGGAAUCUCUUCUUCAUCCUCGAAAGGUUCAUGCGCCACGGCGCUUUCCCUUGUUAACUAUUGAGUUGUUUCAAAACUACAAGGCGACGAGCGCUGAACGGUGAAAAUAUUAUUUCUAUGCUUACAGCCGUUUUUAACGUAAACUAAAAGCCUUCCGUUAAAACACAAGGUUGUCGUGUCCUGAAGCAUCACGGGAGAUAAAGCGAUGCACUGCCAUGUGUGAAGAGUGAUAAGGCCCAACUCGACAUUCUCUAACGACACGUUUGCCAAGGAUAAAUACGUAGAUGCCAUCCUGGUAGGGUUUUAUCACCAUUCACCGCCAAGUUCUAGGCCCCAUACAAGUGCCAGUCCCAGUGUAUUGUUUCUUGAAGAGAACUAGAUUGCCGGAUUGAAACUGCGUCUCUACUAUGCCGAGAAGAAAUAUAUAGAGUCAAGAUUUGAUCACUUUAUUUGCUUACGGGAAAUUCACAUUUUAAACAGUUUGAAGCUGCGAAAGCGUCAAAUAUAAAAUUUCGAAGAAAUUCAGGACUUCUUUUGACAUAGAAAUAUACUGCUAAUAUAAGAAAGAGUAUACUGCUUCCAUGCAUAAAAAGUUAAACUUCUUAUUAACUUUCAAUAAUGUGUGAAGCAGGUGGAUCGUUGACCAUCGAUUGUUUGACAUUGGCAACAUUGACCUAAGUGUGGUAGUGACAAAUUCUAUUGCACCGCCCUAGUGAAUACCCCAAUGGCUACAAACGCCACCCUAGUGAGUACGACAGUUUUCCCCAACAUUACCCUCCUGAGUAACAUAUCCUCACCCAUCCAGACGUCCUAUGUCAUCUGUCCUCUUGAAAAAGUCGUCAGCCUUCAAGUCACCAAAGCCCUCGCUUACGUCAUUGUCAUGAUUCUUUCGUUGCUUGGCAACGUCCUGGUCAUCGCUGUCGUCGCUAAGAACAGACGCAUGCGCACUCCAGUGAACUUCUUCCUGAUCAACAUGGCGGUGGGUGAUGUGCUAAUCACGGUGUUCUUCAUGCCCAGGAUGGUGACCCGCAUCCUUGUCGGACUCGAGUGGUCUCUGGACGGCCUGGCAGGCCUGGUCACGUGUAAGGUCUGCGCGUCCAUGCAGGAGUUUUGUUCAUCCUUGUCCAUCCUGGUCUUCAUCUCGAUUGCGAUAGAUCGCUUCCUGGCCGUGCUGUUCCCGCUUAAGAGGAUUAUCAACAAACAGGUUUCGCUGAUCGCGAUCGGGGUGAUAUGGGUGUCAGCGUUCGCCAUGAGGUUCCCGGUGUUUUACGGUCUCACUCUGAAACGUUACGGGAGUAAGGUGUACUGUGUGUUUAAUCUCCAAACACGGCGCUCAAUCGACACUUACUAUAAGUUCUCGUUCGCCUUCUUCUAUGCCAUUCCCCUCGCCGUCGUCAUCGUGUUGUAUUCUGCCAUUAUGGUCACCCUGUGGAUGCACAAGCGCCCGGGAGCUUUCAGUUCUAGUCAGCAGCGGUAUCAGAUUCAGCGCACGCGCAAGGUGAUGAAAAUGCUGAUCGCUAUUGUGGUGAACUUCACUCUCUGUUGGUUCUUGUACUUGUGUCUGCCGAUUAUCACCGAGAGUCGACUGAUAUCGUCGGCUCGUGCUCUGUGCACCCUGUACUACUUACGGUUUUUCUUCAGUCACGUGAACUGCUGUCUAAAUCCGCUCGUUUAUCUUCUCUUUAUCGAGAAUUAUAGGCGGGGAGUGAAGAUCAUUCUGAGAAAUCUCAUGGCGAGAUUUUUAGCGCAAACAUCGUUGAAUGUUGUUUAUCCGAUUGACGACACGGUUGGGUCGACAGCCGAUUUUUUACGUUCAACUGGACGUUGUCGAAUGUCGCGUGAAUUAAACGUCGCAAUGCAGCAAAUUAAAUAGAGAUGAAGUGAACUGUAACGAUAGUUGAAUGAUCAUAUGAAACAAAAAAAACCGAGGCAGCAAAUCAUAUUCAGGGGCUAUGUUCAGUUUAAAGCUUGCCUUACAUCAAGACGCCCCUGACAUGGAACUAAGACUAGUCAGCGGGCGAUGUUUAGAAUUCGCGAAAAUAUAAUGACCUGAAAAUAAAACUUCGCGAACAUGCCAUGCAAAUAAUGACUGUAAAUACAUAAUUGUAACCGAAUAUAAAUGUAAAACGUUAUAAAAGAAAUGAAGUAACUGUCGCUGUGAUAAAUAUAAAUAUUAAUUAUAAAUAUUUCGUAUU